AUGGCUACUGAAUACCGUAUCGAGAAAGACUCUCUUGGGGAAAUGCAAGUCCCAAAGGAUGCGUUCUACGGAGCGCAGACUGUUAGAGCCAUUAACAACUUUAAAAUUACACACCAACGCUGUGACCCAGACUUCAUUCACGCCAUGGGAUAUGUCAAAGAAGCUACUGCCUUUGCAAACCAUGCAGAUGGUAUCUUAGACAAGACCAAGUGUGAUGCCAUUAUGCAAGCCGCUCAUGAAUUGGCUGAAGGCAAAUUUGAUGAGUGGGUUGUAGUUGAUCCCAUUCAAGGUGGCGCUGGUACUUCAUUCAAUAUGAACUGCAACGAAAUAGUCGCGAACAGAGCUUUAGAGAUCUUAGGGUUUGGUAAAUACCGCCCAGACGUUAUCUCUGCGAAUACCCAUGUCAACAUGUCGCAGUCCACAAACGACGCUUUUCCAACUGCUUUUCAUAUUGCCGGUCUUUGGAAGAUUGACAGACUUGUCGCCGAGAUGAAGUUGUGUUACAAUGAAAUCGAGAAGAAAGCAGUUGAGUUCAAAGACUUCUUGAAGAUGGGAAGAACUCAUUUACAAGACGCCGUUCCAAUCACUUUUGCCCAAGAGCUAAGAGCAUAUAACUGCAUUAUAAAAAGAGGGUGGGAAAGACUUGAAAGGUCUAAAGGAGCAUUUGAAGGUAUUAAUAUGGGCGCAACAGCAGUCGGAACGGGUCUAAAUGCUGAGCCAACUUUCAUCACCUCCGUCGUCGCCAAAUUGGCUGAGUUGUCGAAAACGAAUGUCCAUAAUGUCGAAGACUUGGUCGAUGGAACACAAAACUCGGACUGCUAUUUGGAAGUGCAUGCUGCUCUUGCUAUCAUAGCGUGCUGCAUGAGUAAAGUUGCGAAUGAUUUGAGAAUCAUGACUUCCGGCCCAAGAUGUGGACUUGGCGAAAUCCAAUUGCCACCAAGACAACCGGGAAGCUCCAUUAUGCCAGGUAAAGUCAACCCCGUCAUUGCUGAAGUGAUGAAUCAGACGUGUUUCCAAAUUAUUGGUAAUAACACUACCGCAAUGUGGGCAGCAGCUGCGGGUCAAUUUGAGUUGAAUGUGAUGGAACCUGUCAUGUUCUAUGACAUCUUAUUAUCUCUCGAAAUGCUCAAGAACGCAUUCUCCACAUUCAGAAUCAAUUUGGUCUUGGACCUUAAAGCAAACAAAGAAAGAAUGCAAUGGUUCAUUGAUAAUUCAGUCGGAAUUAUCACCGCUUUGAACCCACACGUCGGGUAUGAAGUCGCCGCAGCUACUGCUAAAGAAGCUAUUAGCACUGGAAGACCAGUCAGAGAAAUCAUUCUUGAAAAGGGUGUUUUAACAAAGGAACAACUUGACAUCAUCUUGUGUCCCGACGAGAUGACUACUCCGGGCAUUGCUGGUGCUCGAUUGUUGCAAAAGAAAAAUUAA